GUCGGCGGUUGGGCGCGAGCGCGGGACAGACAGAGGGAGCGGUUUGGUCGAGGGACGGCAAGGCUCGCUGGCUCGGCGAUGACGAGUGUCAGACAUGCAGAGGGAGUGGCUUGGUGAGGGAUCAAGGUUAGCUUAUCGAUGGAUUUGAUUGUACAUAGCCUGUACAGCCAGAAGUGUUCUUUGGGGAGAAUGUGUUUGUCAAAUAUAGGUGGAAAGCUUAACAUGGAGGAGCCACAGAGGUUUGCUGAAUAUGUUUCUGGGUUGAGAGGGAGACCGAAGCAAACUCCCAACAUGUUUCAGGCGUCCUUGAAGACCUUGUUGUCACCGUCCCUCGCCGAUGAUCUCAAGGGACAAAUCAGGGUCUGCUAUAAAAUUAAGAAGAAGACAAGGAGGAGUGAUGGGUCUGCACGUACCUAUAAGAAAAAGGCUCGAGGAAGGCAUCACCUCAACGGAAGGCGAACGGUGUUGUGAAAAAACUGGAGAAGGACGAGUCGCUGGACUGGGACAAGUAUAUCAAGGAGAACAACAACAUUCCCGGAGGUAUAGAUUUCUGUUCGUUUGGAUUUCAGGACAUAGUACUUAGUUUUUUGCACUUCUCUUUCAUGUCGUGACGUUGUUUCAUUAUUAGUGUUGGUUAGAACUUUGCUGUUUUUGCGUCCUGCCAAAUUUGGAGGAUCAUGAGAAAUAAAGUGUAUUGUGGUUUAGAAAGAACACCGGCAUCAUCGUUUUAGUCGGAAUAUAUAAAAAUUAUCAUAGAACCUAAAGAUAAUCAUAUCAUUACCUGCAUUUUGUAAGUAAGAAAAUAAGGAUGCACUGAUCCUCUAUAAGCUCAUCAAACGACUUGUGCAAGACGAUACAAAUGGGUGGAAAUAGUAACUCAGAAAGUCGAACCAAAUAAUUAAAACCAGUGAGGUACUCUGUUUAUGUAUUUUUAUGGAAACCUUUAAAAGAUAUCAUUACCAACAGUAAGUCAGAAAGUCGAAGCAAAUAAAUAAAAUCAAUGAGGUAAUCCGUUCAUGAUUUUUAUGGAAACUUUUAAAGGAUAUCAUUACCAGCAUGUGGAUUUGCAUUUCUUUUUAACUGCUCCUAAUCAUUGUUGCUUUGUAGUGGCUGUAGAUGAAAACAACUUUUAGUCAGAUUUCCAAUUACACGCAGAAUUAGUUCAAUGUAUGAGUUUACACCUCUUUUCAACUAUGUGAUAAUAUUGCAGAAGUCGAGUGAUGUGACAAUUCACCAUUCAGAUACUUCAUACUUGCAAAUAUGCUCCCUUCAUUGUACCCUAUAUAUAAGAUUUUUUUUGUAAUUUUAGGGUCAUACUAAUUAUUUCAAAUGUUUGGCCAUUUUAAAUUAUUUGGAAUAGUUUGCCGCAUUGCUGGAGACAAAUCAAAUAUGCAUAAGUUACUGUAAUAUUUCUGGAACCAUGUUAUCACCACAUUUUUUAACUGAAAUGAAUAUGAUUAAAUUCAUAUCCCUUUUAAGAUAAGGAUAGAUACAAGUGGUACAAAGUGGUCGGACCCUUCCCCAGACCCUGCGCAAGCGGGAGCUACAUGCACUGGGGCUGCCCUAUAGAUACAAGUGGUAUGAUUUUGGCAGUACUUAAUAAAUUAACAAAAAUAAUGUAUUAGACAAUUCCUUUGAACUUUUCUUGAAAAGGAUGAAUUCGAUUACCAUAUUCAAAAAAGAGCUAAAUGAUUCGGUUUAGUAACUCUAGAUGUAGCAUGUUCUGCAAUAACGGGGAGAUGUUUGAUUGUGAUCAAUGCUGCAGCUAAUUGUCGCAGGGUUCUUUGUCUGUUUGGGCUCCUUUCUGUCUUUGCUCAUCAUUAUGCCUGCAAGAAUUGUGAUGACUAUUUGGCGCGUGCUGAAGACUAAGCGGGUUCACGAUGAUGAUGUAAACUUGAUGAUUUACACAUAGAUUGUGUGCAUUGCUAUGGACUAUUAUUUUGUUAUGUACAGAUUAGUCAGGGUGUGCAUUGUUGUGGGAGAGGAGCUCCCGACUCACACCCUAGAGUGUGAGGAGGAAGCAGGGGGUGGUGGCCUUGGAGAGAGGGUUGGGCGCUUGUGGUGGCGGAGGAGGAGCCACGCUUGCCGGCUGCAGCGACUACUCGGAGUGAAGGUGGAGCGAAGCAGCCGGUUCAGGCAAGGUCUGGCCGAUGGCUGCGAAUUUAGGGGCAGCCGUGCCCUGCAUACUUGGCCGGGGUUAAUUGUGCUAGCUUUCAGAUUUGCUCAGAUUAGUUAUAAAACGACACAGCUCAGCUGUAAUCUAAUUUUCUUUAUAGUUGCCGCAGGUCCUACCAGAUCUGAAUACAUAGAUAAACCGCGGUUUUCUUGCUCUCUUGGAUCUGUUAUAAUUUGCAUAGCUAUUCUUUAAGAUUCAUU